AUGUCUGAUAUUCGAGAUGAAAUUAAACAAUCACAAAAAAAAGAUGCGAUUUUGCAAAAAACCACUACAGAGAAGAACAUGAAAGAAGAAACUGCAAAAUCGGAGCAAAAUGUAUCUAAAGAUAUGAUUUUGGAGAAGAAUACUUCAGAGACGAGUAAUUUGUUGAAAAUUUCUGAAGAAAUAGACGAUGAUGAUGAUGUACCUCUUCAGUCAAGAGUAGACAAAUUGAAAAAAAACCGCCAAAAUGAUCCAAUUGUAGAUCCGGAACUUUUAAAAGAUAUUGACAAGUCAAUUGGUACGGAUUUAACAAUGUCUCCACUACCAAGUGAUGUGCCAUUUAGAGUGAUACACUUGCUUCAAUUUAGAGAUGGGAAAUCUGAACCAUUAACUCUAAAGAAGGUUAUAGAACAAAAUGAAUAUGGUAAUAGUUAUGAAAGAUACACUUUAAACAAUGAACAAAGUGAGAACAUUCCUGCUACUAAUGCAACAACUAAGAGUGUGUCUGCUACACAUAACACAACUGACAAAGAGAGUAGGGAUGAAAGCAAGCAAGAAGAAGUUCAACCAAAAGUGCAAAGCAAUCCAGUAAAGAAUAGUCUUGGCCAAAAAAAGUACAAAGAAUCGACAAUCAGAAUUAUGAGAAAUCUCAAAAGAAUGGAAAAGGCAAGCAAGGAAAUCAGGAAAGGGAGUGAAAAAGAGAAAAGCCCUAAAGACAAAACUGUGGAAGAUGUCUUUCCAAAGACAACAAAUGUAGAAGAAGGACAAGAGGGAAAAAAAGAGCCUGAAAAGGAGAAAAUCCCUAAAGAGAAAACAGUGGAAGAUGAGUCUACAAAGACAACAGAUCCGAAAGCACAAAUUGCACCUGAUUUUGUUCAAAUUGAGGAUGAAACUUAUCUUCUAGAUCAAGAUGAUGAUAAAGUUUCCACAAAACUUAGUGAGGAGACAGCUCCAUCAUCACAAAAAAGUGAUCAGUCAACCAAAAUGAAAACAAGAUACAAAAUGGUUGCAAGGAAAAACAAAAACAAAAGCCUUGUUGUUGUGCCAAGUGGUAGAAUUACAAGGAGCCAAGAUGUUCUGUUAGAUGAAUCUGAAAAGGGAAGCCUGAAGAAGGAUGUUGAACCUGCUAAAGAAACCGCAAAAAUAGGACAGAAGAGAAGAAUGUCUACAAGGAAUUUUCCUAUUCAAAAGGAAGCUGAUGCACCACCUCCAGCACCUACUCCAAUAAAAAAAAUGGCAGGUGCUCCUGCUGAAUAUCCUCCAGACCAAGGCAAAAAGGGUGGGAAAAAGAAAACUCUAGAAGAAGUGAAGAAAACUUCUAAGGUUGCUGGCAAAAGAAAAGCAGAUGUCAGUCCUGCCAAGAGAAAUGCUGGAAAGAGAAAAAAAAUACAAGAAGUACCAUCAGAUGAACCCUCUCAAGAUCCUACUGAUGAAAGUUCUACUGACAGUGAUGAUGAUAGUGAAGAGUCAGUUUAUAGAGCAGAAGAAGAGCCUGUCAGUGAGGAUGAUUAUGAGGUGGAGGAAGAGGAGGAAGAGGAUGAAGUAAAGCCAAGGAAGAAACAGGCAAAGAAAGGGAAUUCAGUGAAGGCAAAGGUUGAAAAGGAGGAGCAAAAGAUGGUACUGUAUGAUGAAGGAAAGAUUGAAGGUAGGAGAAAAAAGAAAAUGAAAACUGAAAUGGUUCAAGCAAUAGAAACUGAUGAAGUUGAGGAAAUUCAGGAAGAUGAAUUUGAGGAAGAGAAAUCUUCAAAGAGAGGAGGACAUGUGAAGUUCAUUGCAUGGAUAAAAAAGAUGACACCUACCCAAAAACAACAAGUUGUUGAUAUAGGGUUAGGAUCACUUCUUGACAUUAGUUUACCUCAACUUGAUCAAAAGUUCUGUAACUGGUUAUUGGGAAGUUUUGAAGAAAAUAGCCAGUGUUUUGAACUACCAAAGAAUGAAAAAAUAGAAAUUGAGGUAGAGGAUGUUAGGGUAGUUUAUGGCUUGCCUACAGGAGAAAUUCCAAUUGUUGAGCCAAAGUCUGAUAAAAUUAGUGAGGAGUAUGCAGAAUUUCUGAAGAAAUGGAGAAAAUCAUGGUCAGGAAAAACUCCAUCAGUGAGUCAGAUUGUGAAUGGAUACAUAAAUGAUAAAUUCACCAACAACAGACCACCAAGUGAACAUUUCAUUACUAACUUUUUAGCAGUGGCUGUGAACUGCUUGAUGAAAUGUGUAUCAAACAAUCAAUGCCAUUUCAAAUUUCUUUAUUCUAUGAUGGACAAAGAAAACAUAAAAAAUUUGAACUGGUGUCAGUUUGUAUAUGACUCACUUAUCAAAUGUCAUGUUGAUUGGAGAAAGCAGCAAGGCAAGGGGUUCUACAAAGGCCCUCUUCAAUUUCUGAUGUUGUUCUAUUUUGAUAGAGUUCAGAGGUUAGACAAAAGGCCUCCAAGAAAAAUUCCUAUCAUAUCUGCAUGGAAUAGAGACAUGGUUCUUGAGAGGUUGAAGAUUGAAUUAGAAUUGGGAUUUGGGAGAGGGAAAAUUCUACCAAGGAUUGCUGCAGAAGUUGAAGAAAGUCCUAAGGUUUUUAUGGAUGAUUUUGUUUCCCUGGUAAAAACAACUUGUUCAAACCUGUCAAAGCUUUCUUCAAAAUUGGUGAAGGCAAAGGAUAUCUUCCCUGGAAAUGACUUGGUGAAAAAAGUUGAUGAAGUUUUAGGAAAGGUGGUAGCUAGGGAACCAUCAAUUCUAAGCCAAGAUGAAGAAUUCUUUUGGCAGUGA